CCGUGAUGGUGGUUCAUCGACGUUUCGAGGUCAGCAGACGGACAUGGACGACGGACGAGGCAGGACAAGUACACCGAUAACGACAAACUGGCCCGAGAAAAACCGCGGCCGAGCGAUAAAUCAGGCCUAUUGCAUUCCUAAGAUAGCGCGCUGCCUGAAAGUCAUUACGCUGGCAAAAGUAAUUCCCAACUAAACGCGUCAAGUUGAUCAUGUACGAAUCGAUGAAACUAUAACGGGAGGCAAAUAACAGUACACGAUUUUUGUAUUCUAAUUACGGACAGAUUUUUAAUAUUCGCCAGAAGAAACAGACACGGUACGGCUAAGGAAGUUACAUUGUAGCUAAUUACACGAAAACUGUUUUGAACAGGGAACAAAUCAAAAGCUGGGAAUCUUGAUUUCCCUAAUUAACAAUCCCCGGUAGUCUCAAUUAUCCGAUCCCUUUUUAAUAUUGCAUGAGUGCAUAUGCAAGGAAAACGGGACAUUUGCAUACAGCUCGAAAUUUCAGACUCUUUCUCACGCCUAUGUAGAUAUAUUUUUUUAUUCUGUACGUUCGGAAAGAGCGAAGUUAGAUUCGGGAUACAUUGCGUCUGACCGGUGCUAAGGAGUUUCUACUGAAUUUGUCCUCGUCUAGAUUCACCGCGGUUAAGACGUUCACUGGCUCAGUGAAAAUGAACAUUCGUUACGAGGCUAAUUAUUAAGCAUAAGGAUAUUUAAUCUUGAUUAAUUUUAGUACUCACAACAACGGUGAUUUCAAUGCGUAACAUGGAUUCUUCGUGUUCUGAAACAAAAAUACAAAUGAUGGUUCAUAAAAUAUUCUUGAACGUUGUAUGAUAAUUUUCCAGAUAAUAAAAUUUACGCAAAUCUCUGACUCAUAAAGAUCACGAUAAGGAAUAAUUAGGAACAGAAUGAAUAUGUGAAUUAAAAUUCGGUGAACUCCCCGGGUGCUUAACUAUCUUAACUAUGAAGUCAUCUUAUCACGUAGUCGACAGGCGUAUUUGUAUAAGAUUAUAAACUGAUAAUUCUUGGUAAAGUAUUGCAUAGUCACAUCGAAUCAAUGAUAUGUGAUUAUUUUUAAUAACUUCCUUUGAUAAUUUAUUGCAACUCAAUAUUCUUCCAAAGCUUAAUUUUUUCCAGAAAGCACUUGUAAACAAAAGAUUGCACAAUUAUUUAUAUUGCGAGUCUCAUGGCGCGUGAACUCGAUGCAUUUUUAAUUGCAAUAUGUGUGCGUGUUUGUAUACACAAUGGAAGGUUGUGCAUUUUUCGUAUCUCUCUGAUUGGUACACCGAAACCGUGGCUACGUCACUGCACGCUAAUUACUUAUAUCAGCAUUAUAAUUUUUAUUUGUUUGCUUCUUUAAGGGGCAAUAAAAUAUCUGCGCCGCCCCCGCUAACAAGUAACGUAAUUAGGGGAUACAAAUGCUUUACACGCGAUUCACCGGCGCUGAUGAUUGUGUAAUUAAGCCCAGCGUCACGAUUACAUUAAUAAACAUCGUGGAUGGUCCAUCGAACCGAGGUGAACCAACUGUACGUUCCUCGUUGAAACUUAUUAAUUUUAUAGCGUGCAUUAUUCUACAUGGUAAUUUUCUUUUUAAAUUACAAUUCGUUUUGAGCUACCUUCAGAUCAAAGUUAAAUUCAUUCUAUCCGCUCGCGAUUUCAUCGUUCCAAUGUUUCUCUUCGAUUCGGCUUGGACAUUUCUAUUGAGAAUUUUCAUUUUUCGCGACCGAACGAAGGAAGAUGUCGGGAGAGUACGAGAUCUAUUCAAAGUACGUGGAGAACGGAAACGAUGGUACGGGAAAUCGAGGGAGCGGCGAAGUGAAGAUAAUAGGGACGCAGAAGCGUUGCGAGCGGUGCAAAGAAGUGAAAAUCAAGACUGAGAUUCUCGACGAGAUCGAGAAUUUCUCGGCUAACGACGAGCUCCAAGUAGAGGAUCGCUUUCGAGACGAUUCGAAGCCGGACGAACGUUGCUCGCGUGGAAAAUCAGUCUCGAGAAGGAGAUGCUUUCUUUACAAGAAGGAAGACACCACGUCGGACGAAUACGUGGAUUUCGAGGAGUACAUCGAGGCGUUGACGAGCGGAAAACGAUUGCUCUGCAGCGUGUGCAGGAUUGAGUUCCUCGACGAGGCUGAUUUCAAGACCCAUAUGGUUCGACACAGUCAUGGGAAGCUUUUUCAAUGUGGCUUUUGUAGGAAACAAUUUUCACGAUCGUCAGCUUUGAAGGAUCAUCUAAGAUUGCACGAGACAUUCAAGACUUUCGUAUGCAACCACUGCAACCUUCGUUUUGAGAGGAAUCAGCUGAAAACGCACCAAGAGGAGGUGCACUCGAAGCGAAGGCCGUUCGAGUGUUCGGUGUGCAAGAAGAAGCUGCUUCAUCGGCAGUCGUUGCGCGAUCACAAGCUGAUGCACACGAACGUGAAACCGUUCGAGUGUUCCAUCUGCAAGAAGAGAUUUCUGCGGCCUAGUAGCCUAAGAGCACACAUGAUCGUCCAUACCGCGGAUUCACCCUUCGAGUGCGACCUUUGUCCGGCGAAAUUCAAGAGAUCCUCGGUGCUUAAGACCCACAAAUUGACUCACACUGGCAUCAGACGGUUCGAGUGCGACAUUUGCAAGCAUCGUUUCCACUUGAAGGGAGCUUUGAAACAUCACAUACUGUCACAUUAUGGUGUGAGGCCGUACAAGUGCGAGGAUUGCGGGAAAUGCUACAGAAGAUCGUGGGGCCUGAAGGUGCACAGGUAUCGGCACACAGGUGUGAAACGAUUCGAGUGCGACUUCUGCAAGUCGCGGUUCAGCGUGAAAACGAAGCUGGCCAAGCACAUUUACGGUCAUAUCGGCGAGAAACCGUACAAGUGUGAUUUCUGUGCACGUCAGUAUGGCGAGAGGUACCAAUUAAAGGCACACAAAUGCGUGGCGACGAUUCAAGAACCGCCUAGACCGAAAAUCGAGCGAUCUUUCUCCGAUUCCAUCACGCAAAUCGUCUUCUUUCGACCCAGAUCAAUGAACUAUCUGUUUCCUUCGAACAUCAAAAAUGGUUGAUCAAUUUUGUAUCAUUUUUAAGAGAGAAUUUCUUUAUGAGUCUAAAAUGCCCCAAAGAAUUGUGUAAAUAUUUUUCCCAUUAACGAAAUAAUUCAUUAAUUCAAAAUAACUGUAAAUUAAUCUUUACAAAAUAUAUCAUUCUACAGCACGUAACUCAA